AUCGUUUGUUUGUUUUUAUGCAAUAAUUUUUGGACAACUUUUUUCCGGACAAGACUUUGGACACAAACACCGACUCAUUCUUCCGGUGAUCUUCGGGUCGACACCACAGCCGUCGCCAGACAUCAUGUCUUCGUCACUGUUUGAACACAUAAGACAAUUACAUUCGGAUGAGUUGUACACCAAUUUAGUCCAAUUGAUGAAUCUCUUGUCACCACAAAUGGACUCCAUUUGCGAACUCUUUUCGGCGACCAAUGAAUACAAAGCCCUCGUCUUCUUCGGCGACGCUCUCUAUCGCACCAAAGAUUACCGAAAAGCAGAGCGCGUAUAUCACAGGGCGUUAUCUCUGAAGAAGAAUACGCCGAAGAGUAAGCGCAAGAGUCAGAGCAACGGUUCCCUACAGGACUUGAACCAAGAGAUUGACGUGAAAUAUCAGAUCCAUUUAUGUUAUCUCAAACAACAGCAACACUCAAACGCGUCCAUUGUUUUGGAGAGCAUUCCCGCAAAACAUGUCUGUCUUUACUCUUUGUUACCACUAAUGAGUGAUUAAUGAAAUG